AUGCGCGGAGGUAAUAAAUCCGUGUCCUCGGGCGUCCGGCCCGUGAGCGGCGCGUACCUCGAUGGCGUUCCCUGCGAAGCCGACCCGCCCCGGGCUCUGACGGUUGAGGAAAUCCACAAUCUGACUGCCGAGUGGAGCGCCGCUGCGAAGCGCGCCGUCACCGAGGCUGGGUUCGAUGGUAUCGAGAUCCACGGCGCCAAUGGCUAUCUGCUCGAGCAGUUUCUGCAUGACAACAUUAACACGCGGACCGACGAGUAUGGCGGCAGCGUCGAGAACCGCUGCCGGUUCCCGCUCGAGGUGAUCCGGGCCGUCACCGAAGCUAUCGGCGCCGACCGCGUGGGCAUCCGGCUGAGUCCCUACAACUACUUCCAGGACACUCGCGACAGCGAUCCCAACACUCACUGGGCGUACUUGUGCCAGAAGAUUGCAGAACUGCCGGCAAAGAGUCGGCCCGCCUAUGUCCAUAUGGUCGAGCCCCGCUUCGAUGAGGUCCUGAGUGAGGAGCAGAAGCUCGCCUCACUCUCAUCGACCAGGGUCGAGAUCAAGAACAGCCUGACACCAUUCCGCAACAUCCUCAAGGCUGGCGGAGUCGCCUUCCUGGCCGCAGGCAACUUUGGGCGAGACAAUGCCGUCGCCAAGCUCGAGGGGGAUUGCCGCGCCGCGGACGCUAUCGUGUUUGGCCGGCAUUUCAUUGCCAACCCAGACUUUGUGGCGAGGCUGGAGAACGGCUGGCCGCUCAACAAGUACGACCGGUCGACUUUCUACGGCGCAAGCCCUCCCGAAAAAGGAUAUACUGAUUAUCCAACUUUUGCUAAAUAG